AUGGUGCUGGGUGAGAAUGGAAUCAGAGCACAGAGGCUUGCCUCCCGGUUCUGGUCCCCGGGUCCUCCCAGGGGAGGGGCGCGCGCGAGGGGGCGGGGCUCCCCGGCUGUCCCGCAGGCCUCCACCGCCCCGCUCGCGGCCGCCGCCAGGGGGCGCGCUCCGACCCCGGUCGGCCUAGCGGCGGGGCCCGGGAGCUCCCAGCGCGGACUUGGGGCCCUUACACGGGAGGCGGCGGGGAGGCCUGACGGGAGGCGGGGACCACGAGGCCUCGGCGGGGACAGCGGGCCCUACCCGGGCGGGCGGCAAGAGGGAGCACUGCGGGGUCGGCCGGCCGCGGCGCGGAGUAAGUGCCGUCUUCGCCGCCUCAGCCGCCUGAGGUGCGCCGCCGGGCCACCUCAGCCGCGCGGGCCGCGAUGUCGUCCCGGCCGGGGCGCGACGAUGCCAGGGCCGGGGGCGUGCGGCGGCCGCGGGAGCCGGCCGAGCAGGAGCUGCAGCGGCGCCGGGAGCAGAAGCGGCGGCGGCACGACGCGCAGCAGCUGCAGCAGCUCAAGCACCUGGAGUCCUUGUGAGUCCCCGCCGCCCCCGCUCCUCCGAGAGGCGCUGGGUCGCGUUAUGAAAAACCUCCUCCUGGGCUUAUCAAGGAAGAUGAGACUAAGCCGGAAGACUGUAUACCAGAUGUACCAGGCAACGAACAUGCCAAGGAAUUUCUGGCUCACACACCAACCAAAGGACUUUGGAUGCCACUGGGGAAAGAAGUCAAAGUUAUGCAGUGAUACAGCAGUUGAAACAGUUACUAGAGGAUUCUACCUCUGAUGAGAAUGGGAGCAGCUCCAGUUCCUCAGCAAGUAAAGAGAAACACAAGAAAAAGAAGAAGAAAGAAAAGCAUAAGAAAAGGAAGAAGGAAAAGAAAAAGAAGAAGAAGAAACAAAAGCAUAAGUCUUCCAAGUCAAAUGAGAGU